AUGAUCUUUUCGUCGGGCCAUCCUCGUCUUAACAUUCCCACCGCGCACUCCAUCUGGGACUUUCUAUUCGACUCAGAGUAUUCAUGUCUGCGUCGAACGCCAGCAGCUGAAUUGGCAGGAUUCACAAACUCUGUGACCAAAGAACGAGUCCGGUACGAUGCGCUCAAAGACUAUACCACCUACGUUUCGACGACCCUCGUGAAGAAAUAUGGCCUCCAACCGGGCGAGACGGUGGCUUUGUUCAGUCCCAACACCAUCUGGUACCCGGUAGCCAUGCUGGGAACCAUCCGCGCAGGUGGUAUCAUAUCUGGUGCAUCGCCUGCGUACAAUAUCGAGGAAAUGACCUAUGCGCUCAAGACGGCGCAGGCCAAGAUUCUCAUGACGGUGCCGUCGUCAAUGUCGGUGGCUAUUCCUGCUGCGCAGAAUGCGGGUAUUCCCAGAGAGCGGAUCUUCCUGCUCGAGGGUGACCAUGAGGGAUAUACAACCAUGCAGCAACUGCUGGAAAUGGGCAAGAGCUAUGAUUCAGACCAGACACCGGCGUUCAAGAUUCCCCAGGGAAAGACGAAUCGCGAUGUUUGUGCGUUUUUGAGCUUCAGUAGUGGUACUACUGGGCUUCCUAAAGCUGUUAUGAUCGCCCAUUGUAACGUUAUCGCGCAAUGUAUGCAAGUUCAGCAAGUGACGCCGCCAGAAUACAAGAGAGCUCUCGCCGUUUUACCUCUUUUUCACAUCACCGGCCUCGUACACCAAAUGCACCUGCCCGUCUUACUCAACAUCGAAGUGAUAAUGAUCCCAUCCUUCACAAUGGACACCAUGCUUAAAGCCGUCUCUGAAUACAAGAUUUCAGACCUACUUCUUGUUCCUCCACUCGUUAUCCGAUUGGUUCAUGAUACUACUACCUCCAAGUACGACCUGUCACACAUCACCCGUUUCACCUCUGGCGCCGCACCUAUCUCCGGCGAACUCCUACAAAAGCUGGAGGUCAAAUUCCCCCAGACCGGCUUCAAGCAGGGCUAUGGCAUGACAGAGUCGUGCAGCUGCAUCACAACCCACCCCCCGGACAAGCAAUCGUACAAAUACGCAGCGCGCGUGGGCACCAUCGUCGCCAAUACAGAUGUCAAGAUAAUCGACGUCGAGACUGGCAAGGAGCUUAGCUACAACGAGCAGGGUGAAAUCCUCGCUCGUGGCCCACAGAUUACCAUGGGUUACUUGAACAACGAGAAAGCGACACGCGAGACUUUCGAUUCAGAUGGCUGGCUACACACAGGCGACGUGGGCUAUAUCGACUAUGAUGGCUUCAUCACCAUCACAGACCGCAUUAAGGAGAUGAUCAAGGUCAAGGGCAUUGGCGUUUCGCCGGCAGAAUUGGAAGAUCUUCUGCUUGGUCAUCAUGCCGUUGCCGAUGCUGCCGUUACUUCAAUCCCUGAUGCGUACUCCGGAGAACGACCUAAGGCGUUUGUAGUUGCGAAAGAGACUGGUCUUGACGAAGCGGCUCUGGUGAAGCUUGGACGGCAGUUGAUCAAGUAUGUCCAUGAUAACAAGGUCCGGCACAAGGCGAUUGCAGAGGUGGAAUUUGUGAAGGAGAUACCGAAGAGUGCGAGUGGGAAGAUUCUACGGCGGCUGCUCAAGAACAAGCCUGCUAGUGGUUUGGUUGUUCGUGAGGAUAUACGGGCCAAGCUGUAG